CGCCGCCACUCGCCGCCACUCGCCAGUCCCGCCUGGCCACGCGCGCGGGCCGCACGCCGCACGCACACGCACCCGGCUAGAGCCCAUGGGCUGAGCUGACGAGCGCCGCGUGCCGCCGCCGAUACCACCACCACCACAUUCAGACUCGUGUUCCGGAAAAUCCCCCUUGGGAGUCGAACACGAAUCUACUCAAAACGUAACACACUUAACGUCAUUGAAUCUGUUGACAACGGAAACUAAACCAAAUUCCGACCGGAUAGCUGGCUGUUGUUAUUAUACGUAAAGUAGUGAGAUCGACAUCGGCAGGUGAGGAGAGUCGCCAGCCACCGCUUCAUCGGCGACUACAAAAGGCUGCGCGCGCGGCGUGUCCCCGGCGCUGCGCGACGCGCUCCGCACGCUGCGCGACGCGUGGCCCGAGCCGCGCUCGCUGCGCAGCCGCUGUGCCGCGGCGUACCGUCCCCCCGCCCCCGCGCCGCCCGCACGUCCCGCCCGCGCCGCCAUGGAGCGCGCCGCCGCCGAGCUGCCCCCGCGCGCCGGCGCCUCGCCCGGCCUGCUCCGCCGCCGCUAUUCAGUGCCCGAGACUAUAAUGAGGAAGUAUCGUCUCGCGCAACAAAGAUCUGAGUCCGAGGAGAGCGCGCCCGCUAGCAACCGGUCGGGCGCGUCGGCGUCGCCGUGCAGGGACGGCAGCGGGUCGCCCACGGAGCCGGCGCACCGCUUCCUGCGGCGCGACCGCGAGCUCAUGCGGCGCUCGGCGCUGAUGCGGCGCAUGUGGGGCCGCGGCGCCGAGCCGUGCCGCAGCUGCUGCUGCUGCGCGCCCGGCGCCCGCGAGACGCGCUCGCUGGACGGCUCGCGCUCCGAGCUGCGCGCGCUGUCCAGCCUCGCGUCCUCGCGCCACUCGCCCGGCGCCGGCUGGGCCUCGCCAAAGCGUCAGCGGCUCGACUCCUCACGGGACUUCCGCGGCAGCGACGAAAUGCUCCGCGCCGCUAUGAAGAACAGCUACGACCGAGCUGAAGAGUCGCGACACGACAGGGACACGCGAGCUGACUUUUCAGAUUCUACGUAUCGGUCCCACGACCACGAACCUUCUCCGUACGCAGAGAAAGUAAAUAAUAUGUUAACCGACAGUGAUGGCUCUAAAUUCCAUGUUAUGGCAGCUAGAAAUGCAUUCGUAGAAUAUUCAGACCAGCAGUCGUCAGAUAUGACCACUAUGGAAUUAAAAUCAAGCACAGCAGACGACGUGCCCAUAUCCAGCAAAGAAUCUGCGCAGUCACCAGUGAGCGACGAGCGCUCGCUGUCAGACUCGUCGGAAACGUACUCGGCGUCGUACCCGACCGCCAAGGAAGGGCGGCUCGACGAGCUGGUCGCGCGGAGCGGCCACUGCGCAGGCGUCGUCAGCGAGUCCGGCCUGCACCGUGACGACAACGACGCGGUGCCCUACGACAAGCCGCUCGCGGUCCACACGCCCUCCUACGAAGUGCUGGAGAUCGUAGUGUCGGAGACGCUCAACCUCAGCGCCGCGCCCACCAUCGGCACGCUGUCGCCGGACAAACCCGCGCACUGCUCGCGCCCUCCGACACUCAGCCAGAAGAACGCCCACAAUAUUAAUAUUGACGAGUACGUAUCUAACAUUCUAGUGGAGAGUCUCAAUUCUUUGACGGAUCAAUUAGAAUGUAUGAAUGCCUCCAUGGGAAACGAGAGAAAAAUCAGUAUCGUUGAAAAAGAAAUUAAAGUAAAGCUUCAAAAUACAGGAGUGAACACAAUAGUUCACUUGAGCCCAACAUCAAACAAUCAGAUCAUAUUUGGUAACGAGGAACUGUGUAUAAACGAAGAGGACAAGGACGAUUGCAACAACAAGACCGACGCCAGCGCACUAGCCAUCCGCGACGAGCUGCCCAGCGCCGAGUCCAACAACAACCGCGUCAGUUCACCCGGCGGCUUCGACCUGCAGCACGACGCCGUCAACCAGGCCGUACUGCAUCAGAUACAGAAGCUGUUCCGCGACGAGCUGCACCAGUCGCCGCCGGAGAUAUCGCACAUAGAGAUAUCCAAUGUGACGGACGUGUUCAUCAACAACGACAACGAGCCCAGCCGGACGGACGCCGACUGCGGCGCACGCUACGAGCUCAUCAGCGGCGUCGGCACCGGCAGCUACUACCCUGACGCGGACGACAACCCCGUGGUGCCGCGCUUCUCCGCCUUCCCGCACACCGAGUCCAUGGAGGUGAACACCUCCUCUUCCGACGACGCAGACCUCAUGGGCUCCGACUGCACCAGUCUCGUGGACAGCCUCGACGAUCCCAACUCGCCGCGCUCCGUGCUGCUGCGCCGGGCGCUCAGCACCAGGCGCAGCGAGCUCGUGCGCUCCGCCAUAGAUGUGCUGGACCUGCUGCCGGAGAACGCCGCCAACAACGAAGUGUACACCCCCAAGGACAAAGGCGAGUCGUUCUUUAUUCAAAUAACAGAUAACGAGUGCGACUGUGAUAAAGAAAAUGUCAACGUCGCUGAUCGAAUGCCCGAGAAAAUAAAACAGAGACUGUACCGACGGCAUCGGAAGAGAGAAAUGCGUAUGGAGUGCGCGCGACGGUCGCGCGGCAAGCAGCGCGCGCGGGAUGGCGAGCGAGCCGCGUGCCGCGACGGAGAGCGGGCCGCCCGCCGCGACGGAGAGCGGACCGCGCGCCGCGACGGAGAGCGGGCCGCGCGCCGCGACGUCACGCGCGACUGCCUCGCCAUCGUCAACGCGCUCAUCGACGACGUCAUCGCCAAGGUGGCGCAGGACGAGUACAAGUGCAUGCGCAUCAAGCACCGCCCCAAUCGAAUGGUCACCUCCAAAUCCGACGACAAUGUAGCCAAACGGACUUGGAAGAAACAACUGGAGCCAAUUAACGACCGAGAUCCAUUCAAAUCUUCGAAGAAUAAUUCAAGAUUAGACGUCAUCGAUUUGGGAAAACAAAAAAGCGAGCGGCAACAAAUACACGGAAAAUUGUCGCUUAUGACUCGACCCACCGACGAUCGCGCUGCCAAGAGAAUAUAUCAAAAAUCGGAAAUACACGACGGUAACAAAUGUAUCGAAAUAUUAGAAAUUUUGGAAUAUGUAAACGGUUCACAGAGUUCACCAGAAACAACGAAUUCCGAUGAGAAUCAAAAUCUUAGUAUGAAAAAUAAAAAAUCACGAAUACCUAUCCCAAUUUAUGAGAAAAUGCAAAGGUACACGAGCAGUGACUCGAAUAAAAACAGCAAACGCAGUUCAUUGCCUCGCACCGAGCACGGCAGCAACGCCAACAGACUGAUCACAGACAUGCUGCUGGGGGCGCUGGCGUCCCCUCCCUCCUCGUCCCCGCCAGCCUCGGCGCCCGCCUCCCCAACCCCCGCGGCGCCCGCGUCACCGCCGCGCCGCGCCUCGCUGCCGGAGCCACGCUCGCGCUCCAACUCUCUGCGUUUCAAGCAGACAUUUGACAUCAUCCCGGAGGAACGCAGCAGCCUGAGCCUCGACUCCGGCAACGAAGAUCUAAACCAUAAUCGCCGAGCAUCUGCGCCUGACCCACCCAACCAGUCCCACCACACCCAGCCAUAUGACGUGCCCUCUGCGCACUUGGCUACGGGUACCUACAGUCCACCUCAUAAAUUAAAGCCUCGAGGGGAUUUAUCGGGUCGGUGCAAAGAUAUGAAAAGCGCAGGUACAUCUCCAAUGACUGAUAGUGAUGGGGAAAAGCGGUUCAGAUCUAAAAAUCAGAUCACAAUGACGUCCCCUGGCAGCAAAUCAGCUGCGACCAGCCCCAUGCGCCUGUCGAUAAGCGAAGCAGGGACGAAAGCGGACGUGGAGCCGAGCAGCAAGCGGACAGCAGCCCGCGGGCGCGGCUGCACGCCCGCGCCGCGGCGCGACGCAGGUACCUCGCUGUCGGUCUCGUGCGCACCGCUGCCGCACCGCACUGCCUCCGUGCCCGUCGAGUAGCGCCGGCACCCGCGAUGCUUUCAUACCGCCGCACCCAAACACCUCUCACGAGUAGUUCUAAUUCUUAUCACCUGAAUACAUAGGCACCAAAAUAAAGCAAACUAUAUUUUUAUAUGGUCAAUGUGGAAAGCUGCUUCGUAUCGCAAUAGAGGCGAGACCACGCAAGCUUCACUUUGCCCGGCCGCCGAUCGUGCAGCUUGCAGCACUCUUGAAGGGCACGGUUGUUGUAAUUAGUUAUUUAUUUGUUAUAUUAGAUAAUAGGAGAGCAUUUAUGUAAACAAGAGUUGGAAAAUUAAAAUAUAAAUAUAUUUU